CUGAUGCUCUGCAGGCACAGCUGUGUGAGAAGUAACAAACUCUUAGGGAACCGCUGUGCACUGGCGUUACUUAGCAUUUUCUUAGAAGCAUUUCCUCGCUAGAAACUGAUUCAGUCACUGAUCUCAGUAAGAGGAGGAUAGAAAGGCCACAGUCCGUUUGAAAGGACAAUGACACGUCAGGAACGUGUGGGAUGUUUUGUAAUCUGGACUGCGAUGAAGUUACUGAUGACAACAACCAUCUACUGUCAGAUAGCUCCAGAAUGUACUCCGCAAGGCCACCAGAUCCUUCAGAACCCUUACAGGAGUGUCAGCUUCGACUCCCAGAGGCUCCAGCAGUCAGCCAUUCAGGAUUUGAUAUGCGACCACUCCUUGAGCCCAGGAUGGUAUCAGUUUCAGAUCUUUGACAAGCCAGCUAGCAUGCCUACUAAAUGUGUGGAGGUGAAUCACUGCGGAACUCAAGCCCCAGUGUGGCUGUCCUUGUCAGACGGGGAGUCUCUUCCCCGGCCCAUGGAGGUCAAACAGCUCACCGCCUGUGCAACCUGGCAGUUUUUCUUAAGCGGCACCAAGGACUGCUGCCUCUUUCGGAUCCCUGUCAGCGUCAGGAACUGUGGUGAUUUUUACGUGUAUCUGCUGCAGCCCACUCAGGGAUGCAUGGGUUACUGUUCAGAGGUGGUGUCCGAUUCAAAACCAGCUCCCUGUGGUCCUGGGGAAACAUAUAUUGGUGGACAUUGUAGAGGGAAUCUCCCUCCCUCACCAUCAGUUCCUGAAAUUGUGGCAGAGUAUGCCGGUGAGAAUAUUUACCUAAAAUGCUCCUUUGAUGGACAGAAUGCGAACGUCUCUUUGGGAUACGUCGUCGCAUGGUCUCGGCUGUCUCCACACGGGACCAGGGAAGAACUCAGGCAGGAGACGACUGUGCAGACCUUCUCAUUCAUCGAACUGGAUGGAAUAAAUCUUAGACUGGGCGACAAGAUUUACUGCCGUAGUUCCAGCUUCUUUUUGGAGUCACCAGACGUCCGCAGCACACCAGUGGAGAGCCAGGAAUUCUUUGCUGGAAUCAGGCUGAAACCAGAGGUUUCAUCCAUAUCAGAAGAUGGUAAGGAAUAUAAACUAAAAGUUGAGAGCACAGUGCCCAUUCCCUGCUCUGAGGGGCUUCCCAGAGAGGACUGCUCCAUCACCCUCCAUCUCAGCACCAUCAGUGAAGGUGAAGCACGUUUCGGCCCGAACGUUGUUCUGUCGUCCUGCCAGAUUGAUCUCCUACAGGGGCCUUGCGUUAACGGGAGCUGUGCUUCUGCUGUUGUGCACUACACAGCAGUGACGGACUUUGUGCAGGAUGGUGACAGAGUCACUGAAAUCACAGUCAAACCCCUGGGUAGAAACAGCUUUCUAUGGAGUGGUUAUAUACCACAGGGCGUCCAGAUUGAGGUCAAGGAUAUUCCUUCUUCUUAUUGCUAUGCAUUUACAGACCCUCACAUCAUAACAUUUGAUGGAAGGAGUUAUGAUAAUUCUAAGAUUGGGACUUUUGUGUUCUAUAAGAGCUCACUGCGGGAGUUUGACGUUCAUGUCCGGCAGUGGGAUUGUGGGAGCUUACAUUUUCCAGCCUCCUGCAUCUGUGGCUUUGUAGCCCAGGAAGGAGGAGAUAUUAUUGCCUUUGACAUGUGCAACGGACAGCUCAGAGAAACUAGACCACACCUCUCAGUGAAGAACAGAAAUCUUGUUAGUAAUAAUAUCAAAAUCACAGAAUCUUACCAAGGAAGAAAAGUAACAAUCACAUUUUCUUCAGGAGCCUUUGUUCGUGCUGAUGUAGCUGACUGGGGAAUGAGCUUAACCUUCAGGGCACCCAGUUCCGAUUAUGGACAUACAGAGGGUCUGUGUGGGAUAUUUGAUGGAGAUCCUGGAAAUGAUUUUCACAGGGUCAGUGAUGGGGCUACACUUCAGGAUCCUUUAGCAUUUAUUAAUGAAUGGAGGAUUUCUCCAGGGAACAGUUUGUUUGACAGAGUGCCUUCCUUUGAGAGCCCCCAGAAGAAACGAAACUUUUGCAACUGCGGGGGAGACCCUCUGGGGACUGAUCCGUCUCCUGACAAGCUGCUUUCUCCUCUGAACCCAGGACCCGUAUCUCCUUGCACUCGCCGUGAAAAUGUUAGGCUGUCAACUCUAAUACCGACCCUGGACAUCACAGCCGAGUACGUCCACUCGGUGGAGCUGGUCCGGGGCCUGGACAAGCGCGAGGCUGGGGCCGCGGGGAAUUCUCCGGCUGUGGUCUUGACCGGAGCUCACCGCCUAAACGGGAGCCAGUUUGGAGGACCGGCAGCGGGACAGAAGGCUGCCUCCUCGCAUCCCGGCUCAGAGAGCCGAGGGAAAGAUCCCUCUCCCAGCAGAGGGCUCAGCCAGGCGCACAAGCAGGCCAUUCCCAGCUAUGGGAGACAGCUCAGCAGAAGGAGCCGGUGGAAGCGCCAGAUAUACUAUGGAUAUAGUGCAAACGCCCCCUACCAGAGCCUCAGCCAGACAGACCUGGAAGGCUUCGGUUAUUUCUUCCCAGAGGACCACGCGACAGAUACUCGGGCCGGUCCUGUGCCCUCCUGGCCCACCCCGUCGGGGCUCACCGAGCCCGGAGCGGCCGAGCUCUGCCGCCGCUCCGUCGCCAACUCCAGCGCGGGCGCGGGCUGCGCCCGGUGGCUUGGCGGGAGGGUGCAGGACGCCGCCGUGGGCAUGUGCGUCCGGGACCUGCAGCUCAAGGACGACCUGGGCUGGCUGGGCGCGGCCUCGGCCCUGCUGGAGAACGAAUGCGAGCGGCGGCUCCUGGAAGGCGGGGACUUCGGGGAGCAGAGGGGGAGCGCGCUGUCCGUUCUGAGGUGUCCAAACCUCUGCAGCGGGAACGGGCAGUGCACUGAGUGGGGCUGUGUGUGCUUCCAGGGUUUUGGUUCCUACGACUGCAGUGUCUUAUCUGCUGACGACCAGAUUCCCCAAAUCACAGAUCUAGAAAAUGCCGGACUUUGUGAUGUCCGUCAGUAUGACUGCACUUCGGUACGGGUUUUUGGACACCAUUUUAGGGACUCUUUUGAGCUGAAAUGCGAAGUCAUAAAGGAAAGGUAUGUUGGUGACGAGUGGGUUCUUGAUGAGCCUCGAUUUACAGUCGCCACCUUCUUCAGUAGCAACGUUGUGGACUGCCAGUUGCCAUCAGAGAGUAGACCCCCUUCAGACACUUUGGACAUAGAUAUGGUUGAUGAUAAACCCAUUGCCAGGUGGCAAAUUAAGGUUACCAACGAUGGUUAUGGAUUCAGCAAUGCAAAGACCCUGACGUUGUACGAUGGUGCAUGUCAGACAUGUGAACCCCACCCGGAAGGCCUCUGCACAUUAAAAGAAAAGACCUGUAACAUAGAUGGACUCUGCUAUGCAGAAGGAGACUCAAAUCCCACCAGCCCAUGCCUGAUGUGUAGACCAGACUCAUCUAAAUUCACGUGGUCUGUUGCUGAAAAAAACGAACCUCCGGAGUUCCAGCCCGUUCAAGAGCUCCGCACGUUCUAUGGUGAAAACUUUGUGUAUCAGUUUCUGGCAUCAGAUCCCGAAGGCUCGACUGUCCUCUUCACUUUAGAGUCAGGACCCAGAGAAGCAGUCCUCUCCCCUGCUGGGCUGCUGAUUUGGAAGGUCGUGUCAAGUGCUGCUUUGCAAACGUUUGAAUUUGCUGUGACAGAUGACUGCAAUGCACAAACCAGAGCCUUCGUGCAGGUUGCCAUCCAGCCGUGUGAAUGUUUGAAUGGGGGAUCCUGUGUAACAGACAUUAAUUUUCCCCCUGGAAGUGGGGAAUAUCUGUGCGUCUGCCCUCCUGGGUUGGAAGGAGAGAGAUGUGCAGUGGACACGGAUGAGUGCAGGUCUAGUCCAUGUGGGCCAGGCCGAUGCGUGGACAGACUGAACUCAUAUUUUUGUGAAUGUCCAUCUGGAUUGAAAGGCACUGACUGCCAGGAAGAUGUUGACGAAUGUGUCUCAAGCCCCUGUUCCCCCGGGGUCUUGUGCAACAACACUUUUGGUUCCUAUGUGUGUGGACCAUGCCCCUUAGGUUUUUUUGGAGAUGGGAGGACGUGCAGACGAAAAACUGAGGUGCAUACUCCCAGUUCCCGUGAUGAUAGUGGUUUGGAGGAUGUGGAGGUUGAUGAAGGCAUUCCCGACCCAUCUUACAGAGACCAAACUAGUGUUGAACUUCCAGCUUCUGGUCCCAAGACUGUUUCUGGUGACACCAGCAGCUGCUCCAGCCAGCCCUGUUUCCCAGGGGUGCGGUGUUUUGAUCGCAGACCUCCAGAGACAGGCUUCACCUGCGGAUCCUGCCCUCCUGGAUUUGUAGGGAAUGGUCAUAGGUGCAGAAGAGUCCUAUUUCCCAGACCAAGGCCAGUGACUACUCCAGCUGGCAGGACGGUGAUUGCCACUACCACCUCUGCAACUACUCGUGUGAGAGCUGAAGGGGUGACGCCUUCACAGUCGGACAGGACAACGGAGAACCAUCCCCGCAUUCACAGGCCCACAGCCCACUUCCCCCAGACUCGCAGCAGGCUGCCGAGGCCGGAGCAAAGACCCGGCGUGCCAAGCAGAACCGCCGCCUUCCCCGCGGGCCUCCCGAUUCCCAAGCCACCGGUAGCCGAGACUGAAGCGGGCAGGCGGCUUUCAAAGAGUAAAGAGGAGCUGCCCGGAGACGCCAGAGGCAGGAGCGUCCCCGCAGGCCGGCUGCCUGAAGACAAGGGCGUCUCCCAGGCCGGAGUUCGCCCUGCUCGCAGAGGCUGGCCACAUGGGCUGGGCGUCUCUGGCACUGCUGCGCCGCCGGAGCUGUCGGACCCAGAGGCGGGGACGACCUCGACAAGCCUGACUGUCACUUGUGCCGAUUCUCCGUGCUUCCCUGGUGUGCCGUGUGAACCCUCACUGGCGGGAACAGUCAAAUGCGGCCCCUGUCCCUAUGGAUAUUCUGGCAACGGCAUGCACUGCACAGCCAUGUGCCGAUAUCCCUGUGGCAGAAAUAUGGAAUGUGUGUUACCCAACACCUGUAAGUGCAAGCCAGGAUACACCGGAUACAGCUGUCAUAUUGCUGUGUGCCGGCCAGACUGUAAGAAUCGAGGGAAAUGCAUCAAACCCAACGUAUGCAAAUGUGCUCUGGGAUACAGUGGCUUAACGUGUGAAGAAGCUAAUUGCAGCCCACCUUGUCAGCAUGGAGGGACCUGCCUGGCCAGGAAUCUCUGCACCUGUCCUUAUGGUUACGUUGGGCCAAGAUGCGAAACCAUGGUUUGCAACAGGCACUGUGACAAUGGGGGAGAGUGUGUUGCCCCUGAUGUUUGCAAGUGUAAACCAGGCUGGUACGGACCUUCAUGUAGCUCAGCUGUCUGCAAUCCUGUUUGCCUAAAUGGGGGACAGUGUGUGAAACCCGAUGUGUGUGUCUGCCCUAGUGGAUUCUAUGGAUCUCAGUGUCAGAUUGCUGUGUGCAGCCCCCCCUGCAAGAACGGAGGGCACUGCAUGCGGAAUAACGUGUGCUCAUGCCCAGAGGGGUACACUGGAAAGAGAUGCCAAAAAAGUGUCUGUGAACCAAUGUGCAUGAACGGGGGAAAGUGUGUGGGUCCCAAUAUCUGUUCAUGUUCAUCUGGGUGGAGAGGGAAAAGGUGUAACACACCGGUGUGCUUGCAGAGGUGUAGAAACGGCGGUGAAUGUGUGGGACCCAACACAUGCCACUGCCCAGCCGUCUGGGAAGGCCUGCAAUGCCAAACUCCUGUUUGCAAGCAGAAGUGUCUGUAUGGAGGCCGAUGUGUUCUUCCUGACCACUGCCUCUGCCGCCCAGGGUUCACUGGAGCUUCCUGCGAGAAAAAGGUGCAGACAUCUCUGGGAUGAAUGGAAUUUUGUCUUUAAUGCAGAAGACACAAAGCAAUGGGAAAAAAACGUAUUACAUUUAGGAUGUUUAUUUUAAUUGAAUGUUUUUAGUAAAUAACACAUUAUCUAAAGGUUGUGAUUAUUUCUCUGUCCUUUCUGAGAAUUUGUUAUUCCUACCUCAGAGGGUAGAUUCUCUGCCUUCUUCUUAUGUGACUUAUGUUCUGUUCAAAAGGUUACUGUCUGAGUGCCUCUAUUCCAUACCUGUUCAUUUUUGAUGAUUAUAGUCUGAGUGCAAAUAUCCAUUAAAUGGCUGUUCGUCACUGAAGAUUACUGAAUGUUACUAUUCUUUAAGUGCUUGUUCGUUACUGUAGGCUAUUGUCUGAUGGUUAGUACUCCUUAAAUUCUUGUUCCUUAUUGAUGAAAACUGACUGUGUCUGUCCAUUAAAUUCCUGUUUGUUAGUGAACAUUACCAAGUGUGAAUAUACCUUUAAAUGCCUGUUAGUUACUCUUAGCUACUGCCUCAGUCCUGUCUAAUACUUAAAAGCCUAUGCAUUACCAACGAUUACUGUCUAAAUAUUUAAUUGGCUGUUCAUUACCCAGGCAUUUACUAUCCAUCGAUUUCUCAUUUGUUGUUUAAGUGUCCUGUUGGUAAUUAUUGUUGUUUUUACUGAUUGGGGUUUACUGUGAUCUGUUUAUAAAUAUUUAUUUUUGUUCAAAUAAUAUAUAUUUUUAGUAAACUGUAAAAAUAUGUUUUCUCUCAUAAUAGGUAUUGAACAUGAAUUUGCAGAUGUUACCAAAAAUAAAGUUGACAGCAGUUACGUUUUGUCAGGACUACCUAAAAAUUAAAUAUGAAUCUUUGUUCUGUUGUUGUUUUUUUUCUGUAAUAUCUUAUUUUUUUAAAGAAAAUCGUCUAAGUGAACUUUUGAACUUUUAAAAAGCUAUGUAUGUCCAUGUACAUAUGAUGGUUCCCUAGUCAAAUCAUCCCAUUUGAGGUAGGAUGGUAGGAUUUGUGUUUUUCUGUGAACUACGGUUCCUUUUUAAAAGAUACAGUACAUAUCCUGUUCUGAAAGCAAGUUUGUUUUCAAAGGUGAUUUUAUAAAGUAUACACAAAUCUGUUUCAAACGAUUCACGCUUUAAAUAAAACUGUUAUAGUAAA